AAUUUUCGUUGGUGAAGAAUUCGACGACAGAUUCCUCCUCCAAUAUCUUCGUUUCAGGAAACAUGACGUAGCCAAAGCUCUUUCUGUGUUAAAACGAUUUGUCAUAUUUCGAAGAAAAUAUAGAGACAUGUUUUCAAGUGCUAACUUAAAAAUGAUCGUUAAUGUUGUAAGUCAAGAAAUAGUAACUAUUCUGCCAUGUAGAUGUCCUGAAGGCUGUGCCAUCAUGCUCAUACAGUUAGACAAUUGGGAUCCAGAAAGUUUCGCUUUGAAAGACUUUAAAAGAGGCGGAAUGAUCUUACUCUCCCAAGCCAUUCGAGAACCGCUGACUCAAAUCACCGGAUUCAAAGUCAUCGUGGACGUCCGAAGCAAUCCGUUGAAACAUUUAAAGUACUGCACUUUUUCAAAUCUGUACCAACUGUAUCAUGGGACUCAGGAAACGUCAUCUGGCCGAUUUAAAUCCAUUCAUGUACUCAACAAUUCAGUGACUUUCAAGACGGGUUGGUCGAUGAUGAAACCUUUCCUGCCUGAAAAGAUAAAAAAUAGAGCACAUUUUCAUCCCAGCCCUGAAGAAUUGUUCCAGUUCUUUCCAAGAGCUGUUAUUCCAACAAAGUACGGUGGCUAUCUACAAAACUACGACAUGACUGAUUGGUUCAGACGAGCCACCGAAUACGACGAAGUUGCUGUGUUAUUGGGUCUUCCUCCAAAACCUAACAGAUUGCACAGUUGACAAGACUGUCAAUAGUGAUGAUAUCAAUAUGAUUGCAUUAUACAUUGACUUUUAAACUUUUAAGGCCCUGUGGCUUCUUUUGAAGCCACCAUUAAAAAAAAAAAAAAAAAAAAAAAUAAUAAUAAUAAAAAAUACAGCCAACUGAGGAAGCUACUGUCUGUUUUCCCUAGCUGAGACCUAACGCCAAUUUGUGCAUGCGUCAAGUUUGCUCUUAUUUAAUCACGAGUGGUACCCGCACGGCUUUGCCCGUAGUAGAAAAUGAAAAGGUCAUUUGGUUCGGCUGUAUAUUAACAAGUAAUAUAGAUGAUGAAUUUCUCGCCAUUUCGCUAUGUUAAAUGGCUCGUCCAUGUUACGGUUCCACGUUAUGACGAUUUCGUAAUUUACUAUUCCACGUUGUGAUAAUUUGCUCGGAGAAAUUUUCUUAAAAUUGGAAUAAAAAAAGAACAAAACCGGAUUUUUGAAAAAUCGCUUCGAGGGGCACACCCCCAUGCUACAAAAUAACUUUGUGCCAAAUUUCAUGAAAAUCGGCAGAACGGUCUAGGCGCUAUGCUCGUCACAGAGAUCCGGACAGAGAGACUUUCAGCUUUAUUGUUAGUAAAGAUAAUGAAAAUAGGGAUGGAAAUCAGAAAGUAAAAGGUGCAAAAUCACGUGUUGAGCAGUUUUUUUAAAGUAGGGUCGUAAAAGACAGAGAUAGCAAGUGCGAGCGGAAAGCGCCCAUCCUCAACCUAUCGCCCCUUUUUGUAAUGGAAUCUGUCCUGAGUGGUGGUCUUUGCUUUCGAGAACGGACAGUACUGAGAGUCAGUCGGCUGAAAAAAAAAAAAAAAAAGAAGAAGAAGAUGGUGACUUCAAAACGAAGGGUUAAAAACACGAAUUUUAAAAACUUUUUCAGGUCAUUGCAUUUUUUAAUACAGAUUUAUAACGCCGGCCCAUUUUAGAAACUGCAUUUUAUACUUGAAAUAAAAG